CAUUUCUGUUAUAACAACAGCUGAGUUUGAUUAGUGUAAUAGAUCGCGAAUAAUUUCUGAUGACACAAUGGUAGCUAUUUGUGUGGGUGUUGUCUUUAUUUUAAAUUUUUAAUGGGUACACAAGGAUGAGAUUCUAUUCAGUAGAAGUAUCACCUGCAGUGUGCGUGGUGUCAGUUUGUAACGGCGUGCGAAUGUCGUAAUUUUUUUUAGGUUAAGUUCACCAUAACAAAAUACCUGGGUUAUGUUUUAUGAGUGUAUCAGCCUUCGAAUUGAAAGAGGUAGACUGCAAAACUGGAGCCAUGGACCAGGAGCCAACUAUGUGGAUAAAAAAAGAUGAAACAAGUGAAGUACCAACAGAGUUAGGCCCAAUGUGUGCUGAAGAUCUAUUGGAACUAUCUUGGUCCACUGAUUUUGUCAAGGAGGAUCCUGAAGUAAAUGUUGAAGUGAAUGUAACUGAGAAUAUUAUGGCAACCUCAACAAGAUAUGCAUGCAAUAGUGGAAGAUUGAUUCAGCAUACUGGUGGGAGCUGUGGCAUUUCAUUUGAAGAAACGCUUCACCAUGGACUGGUGAAGAAUGAGCUGGAGGUAGGUAGGGAGAAGUCAACACAAGCGUGUGGUAUUCAUACAGAAGAAUCAACUGUGAACAAGGAUAACUCAUUUGGCAGCAGGUAUCAUUGUGGUUUGAGGGAAAAGGAAUUUCAUACAUAUAUUUGUAAUUUCUGCCUACAAAGCUUUCCUUCAAAAUACAGACUCAUAAUGCAUGUGUUUAUGCAUAUUGAUGGUGUGCAACCUCCUUUGUAUGUUUGUAAAUGGUGUGGUGAGGUAUUUUACAGUAAUGUUAGCUUGAAAAAACAUUUGAGAACGAGUGAGAAUUAUCAAGUCUUAACUGCUGGCAACCAUGAAAAUUAUGGCUGUAGUGAUGAGCAUCAUAGCAGUAUCUUCUUGGAUGGUGAGCCAGAUGUUUCUGUCAGAGAACACAAUGAGCAUAAUUCAUAUAAGGAAACUUGGAAAGCUUCAAAGAAGUCCCCUAAUGAUAUAUGUAACACACAUACGGCAAACGAUGCAGAGAAAACAAGUGGUUAUGGAACUUUACCUACAGCUGUUAAUGUCGGUGCCGACACUGUUGUACUUACUGCAAACAGAACCCACAAAUGUGAUAUUUGUGGCAAAUCAUUUGCCACCUCGCGUUAUCUCAAGAGACAAAUGCUAUUUCACACUGGAAAGAAACCUCACAAGUGUGAUAUUUGUGGCAAAUCGUUUGUUUUGCUGGGUAUUCUCAAGAGACAUGAAUUAGUGCACACUGGAAAGAGACCUCACAAAUGCGAUAUUUGUGGCAAGUCCUUUGCUGUGUUGUGGGCUCUCAAGACACAUUCAAUAAUUCAUACCGGAAAGAAACCUCACAGAUGUGAUAUUUGUGGCAAAUCUUUUGCUACGUCUGGUUAUUUCAAAAAACAUGUAUUAAUACACGCUGCAAACAGGCCCCACAAGUGUGGUAUUUGUGGCAAAUCUUUUGCUGUGUGGAGCACCCUCAAGAAACACACGUUAAUUCACAAUGGAAAGAAACCUCGCAAAUGUGAUAUUUGUGGCAAAUCCUUUGCUGUGUUUGCUGCUCUCAAGAUACACGCCUUAAUUCACACUGGAAAGAAACCUCACAAAUGCGAUGUGUGUGGCAGAUCCUUUGCUUUAUUGGGUGCUCUCAAGAGCCAUGUAUUAAUUCACACAGGAAAGAAACUUCACAAAUGCGAUAUUUGUGGGAAGUCCUUUGCUGUGUUGUGGGCUCUCAAGACACACACAUUAAUUCACACUGGAAAGAAACCUCACAAAUGUGACAUUUGUGGCAAAUCUUUUGCCACAUCAGGUUAUUUCAACAAACAUGUAUUAAUACACAGUGCAAACAGGCCCCACAAGUGUGAUAUUUGUGGGAAAUCUUUUCCUGUGUGGAGCGCCCUCAAAAAACACACAUUAAUUCACACUGAAAAGAAACCCUUAAAAUGCGAUAUUUGUGGCAGAUGUUUUGGUAGGUCAUGUAAUCUCAGUCAACAUUCAUUAAUACACACUAGACAGAGACCCCACAAAUGCGAUAUUUGUGGCAAAUCUUUUGCCAUGUCAGAUGUUCUCAAGAGACACACAUUCAUACACACCAGGAAAAGGGCUCAUAUUUGUGAUAUUUGUGGCAAAUCUUUUGCUUUGCGGAGCGCCCUCAAGAAACAUGCAUUAACUCACACUGAAAAGAAACCCUUAAAAUGCGAUAUUUGUGGCAGAUGUUUUGCUAGGUCAUGUAAUCUCAUUCAACACAUUUUAAUACACACGAGAAAGCGACCCCACAAAUGUGAUCACACGACACAACUUUAGUACAUACCUGAAGGAGACCUCACAAAUGUGAUAUCUUUGACUGAAGCUUCACUCAAUUGGGUACUCCCAAGACACAUUACUACUUCUCGUCAUAAAGAAGCUACAAGAAAGUGUUAGUUUAAUCAAAUUGGUUUCCCUGGUUGGUUUCCUCAAGGCCUAUAAAAUAAUUAUGUAGCAGGUAGACAAUAAAAUUGUGAUGCCUAGGAAAUAACAUUAAAAUGUGCUAGAAUAAUGGAAAAGUGCAAUAAUGUGUACAACAGAGUGGUAACAGAUAAUGUGACUAUAUAACAAUCGAAUCUGCAUCUUUAGAUGUCAAGAACUUGUGGUGUCAAAUAUUGCAGAAAAAUUAAUCAAAUAUGUUUUUGUUAUUAACACUAUUUUUCUUAUCGAACGUGUGACAAGAAGUUUGUGAAUUGUGUUAAACCUUCGCCUGUAUCAGUAAUCAUAAGUACUAUGCGGUAUUCAGUGUAUGUCCAAGGAAAUUUGAUGAUUUUCUGCUUAUUAUUCUAAAGAUAGUCAUCAUGUGAUACUUGCAGCUCUGCAUAUAGGUGCAGUGACAGCAAAAAUAUAGUCAUGGCACAUCCUUCACUCAGUCUAGUAAGCAUAAUACUGGAGAACAAUGACUAUAGCAGUUAUUUUACUUAGGUAUUGCUUUGUAUGUAAUUAAUAGUGUGUACAUCCAUGUUCUGUUACUACUAAUCCUCCAUUAAUAAGUAUGUUAUAAUAACAUACAUAUGCUGAUAGGCCAAAAUAUUAUGAUCACCGGCAUAAUAGCUUGUUUGUCAACCUUUGGAACACAAUACAUCAACAAUUCUGCAUGGUCUGGACUUAACGACUCGUUCACACAUUUUAGAGCCUCUGACCUUCAUGAUUUGUGAUGAAGGGUGAAUGUGCUAUACCUUGCAAUCAGGUUAUGGAUUUAUCACACUUCAGCCAGUUUCCACAGAUGUUCACAACAGUAGCACACAACCAGCCAACAACGUUCACCACUUUUAUGAUGCUAGUCCCCAGCUGUCAUGCCAGAACAACUUGCACUUUGUUACUUUGUCACUUAUGUCAUUGGAUUUACAUGUUUGCAACCUAUCUCAUUGGUAGAAAAAAUCUUUGUUGAUCUCUGGUCUGUUCAGAUACUUGUACUCUCAUUACUGCAUCAUGUGCCUACAACAAGCGACAUUCAGUCUUCUGAUGCACAAUUUACAUCGUGUUUUUGCUCAUCAAUGCAUCUUCACAUAAACAGGUCAGAUGCGAUCAUGUUUACCGUAAGAUACACAUUGUGCUUGGUUGCCGUUUUACCAGUGCACAAUAUGUAUAUUUUUUGUGAAAUUGAUUUGUUUCAUAAAGCUCUGUACAUGAU